AUGCUUGUCUCCGUCUCACUGUAUAAAGACCAGUUGGUUGCCUCCUAUUUUCGCUCCGACGACAAGCACUCGGUCGCACUGAGGCGAGAACAACACCCUGUGCUCACGUGUAUACUGCUUGCCGAGAUUUGUGCUUCAACUCAAGUGUCCCCAUCCGAAACCCGUUUUCUCUGUGUGAUAAAUGCGGCUAUCUACUUGGCGUGUGGUACAGUCUCGCCGGGGUUCCAACAUCCUCUGAGCAGUGAACUUUUGCCCUUCGUCGUCUACACGCCGUCCGGAGGAAAGGAUUACAUGUUGUGCCUCCUCCUCCAAUUUGUCCCUAUUUUGUGCAUGAUGCAGAUUCUCCUGAUCUCUCCUGUCCAUACAAGCUUGCACUACCAACAUGAAAGUUAUCUCCUUUUACAACUUUGUUCUGCAUUUUUGACUUCGGGAGUUAGACGGACUCGGCCCCAAGUCCGGGCAGGCGGAGGCGGAGCUCAAACUGGCAUCUCGAGUCUUGGCGCGUGA